AUGUCUAAGAACUCGGAGUUUAUCAAUCUGUCAUUUUUGUUAGAUCAUGAGAAGGAAAUGAUCCUGGGAGUCCUAAAGAGAGAUGAGUAUUUGAAAAAAGUGGAGGACAAGAGAAUAAGGAAGCUGAAAAAUGAACUCUUAGAAGCAAAACGCAGAAGUGGGAAGACUCAACAAGAAACCAGCAGAGUGUGUGUCCACUGUCAGAGAAACCUGGGCUUGAUAUUUGACCGAGGAGACCCGUGCCGGGCCUGCUCACUGCGCGUGUGCAGCGAAUGUCGGGUGUCGGGCCUUGAUGGUAGCUGGAAGUGCACCAUCUGUGCCAGAGUCGCGCAGCUAAGAAUUGUAACUGGUGAAUGGUUUUUUGAAGAAAAGGCAAAGCGUUUUAAGCAGGUCAAUGUUCUGGGCACUGAUGUAGUCCGACAGUCCAUCUUAAGAAGAAGUCCAGGAACUGAAGAAAUCCAAAGUCAAGAGCAAUCCCGCCAGGACGCAGAAAAGGCAGACACUUCACCUUCUGCAGGGCAAAAGGCCAGUCAUGAUGGACCCAGGAAAAAGGGAUUUCUUCUUAGCAAGUUCAGAUCAGCAACCAGAGGAGAAAUCAUAACUCCAAAAACUGAAAGUGGGCGGAGCUACAGCUUGGACUUAGACAGCCAAAACUUUCGGAGUUUGAAGUCCAUCCCUGGUUCAGACAGGGGAAGCACUGGUUCAUCAGACCUUUAUGACCAGGAAGCUGGCCCGGCAACUCCGAAGAGCAGCCGGAGCAGUGGUGUGACCCCAGUCACGCAGAGGUCACCGGCUCCAAGCACACGCAGCGCGACCUCGGUCGGCAGUAGAGAACGUGUCUUUGAAAAGUCCAUGGAUUUGGCUGCCCUUGGAAGCACAUCUGAGGACCUCACAAAGAGUCAUCGCAGAAACACUUCUGGCACACCUUCCAUAGCUGUGUCUGAGGUCUCCCUCUCUUCAGACCACAGUCGAUCUGAGUUAGAUUUGAGUGGGUCAUUUCAAGAAGACUUGGAGAAUGCUGUAAACAUAAGAAGCAAGUCUGUCCCUGGAGCUUUAGACAAAGACUUGGACUCCUUGGAAGAGACUGGGGAAGGCAUUAAUGACUUAAGGUCCUCACGGUUUUCUGCAAACACCCACAGUCUAGCAAGUGGCCUUUCAACCAAUUCUCAAGCAGUCUCUGACAGGAAGUGGACCUACCUGAAUGUCCCUGAUGCUGACUCUGACACUACCAGCCUUAACAGCAUGAUGAGUGUUUACAGUGAAACAGGAGACUAUGGCAACGUGAAGGUCAGUGGUGAAAUCCUUCUUCACAUCAGCUACUGCUACAAAACCGGCGGGCUCUACAUUUUUGUCAAGAACUGCAGAAAUCUGGCCAUAGGAGAUGAAAAGAAACAGAGGACAGAUGCUUAUGUCAAGUCCUAUCUUCUUCCUGACAAGUCCAGAAACAAUAAACGCAAGACCAAGAUCAGAACAGGCACCAAUCCAGAAUUCAAUGAGACGCUAAAGUAUACCAUCAGCCACACCCAGCUGGAAACCAGAACGCUGCAGCUCUCAGUCUGGCAUUAUGACCGAUUUGGACGUAACAGCUUCCUUGGGGAGGUGGAGAUUCCUUUUGACUCAUGGAAUUUUGAAAAUCCAAGUGACGAAUGGUUUGUGCUUCAGCCCAAGGUGGAAUUUGCUGCUGACAUAGGCCUUCACUAUAAAGGGGAGCUGACAGUUGUUUUACGUUAUAUUCCCCCAGAGGAGAACCUGGUGCUUCCUCUAGGACAAGUUCAAGGAAAGAAGAGCUUCAAAAGGGGAAAGAAGAAGGAGUCACCUGUAAUCUCUGGAGGAAUACUGGAAGUGUUCAUCAAAGAGGCAAAGAAUUUGACAGCAGUGAAGUCAGGAGGCACUUGUGAUAGCUUUGUGAAGGGCUACCUGCUCCCUGAUGAUAGCAAAGCCACCAAGCAUAAAACUCUGGUAAUAAAAAAGAGUGUCAACCCUCAGUGGAAUCAUACUUUCAUGUUCAGUGGCCUGAAUCCCCAGGACAUAAGGAAUGUUUGCCUAGAACUUACUGUCUGGGACAAGGAGGCCUUUUCCAGCAACAUCUUUCUGGGAGGAGUUCGUUUGAAUUCUGGAACCGGUACGAGCUAUGGGAAGAAUGUGGAUUGGAUGGACUCUCAGGGGGAAGAGCACCGCCUUUGGCAGAAGAUGGCCAACAAUCCUGGGAUUCCCAUUGAGGGUGUUCUCAUGCUCCGUUCCAGCAUGGGGAAAUGUAGACUCUGA